AUGACUCAGCGAGCUUCGAAAAUAUCUCAAAUGACUCUCUUCCUCCAUCUCCUUGGCAGCAGCACCCCCUCAGGCCUCCGCCUCCUCUCACCUGCGCGUAGUGAGACCCCCUGCAUUGGGACCAGCCUCCUCUCCCGCCUGCCAUUCUCUGUGCAACACCCCACCCCUCCAGCCCAGCACAAUUCAGCCCGCAGGUGUCUCUCUGUGUGCCCUAGAUCUGGCCCUGUUCCUCCCCCGCUCAGACCCUCCCACGGUUCCCUGUGGCCUUCAGAGGAAAGGCUGGGAGCAUCACCUGUGUGUGAACCUCCACGUCUCUCCCUGCAAGUGGUCAGACCCUACGUGUGUCCACGCCCCUCCUCAGCAUCACACAUCAAAGCCCACCUCUUGGGACGUCCUCUGCCAGGUCUAGACAGGCCAGCUCUUGCUCAGAGGUCCAUCCACCUGUCCUGGGAUCAUCGGGUGCUUCUCCUUUUCUCCACCUCACCAGAUGGCCCUUCACUCUUACUUGCCUGUGCUUGUAACACUUGUUUGAGAGACUCUAUUUUCCACGGCUGUGCUGUGUCUGUGGAAGAGCAGAGGAAGAGAAGGGGCUCUCAGCCCUCCCCUUCUGGCUUUCUCUGUCCCGUAGUCCUAGAGACCCUAGUCAGAACCACCACUCUUCAAGUUCAGGAGGGCCGGUCCCUGCAUCUGGUCUGUGACACUGGUGGCAACUUCCCUGCCAGGCUGAGCUGGUGCUGGGGAAGCCUGACUCUGAGCCCCUCCCAGCCCACAAAUCCCAGGGUCCUAGUGCUGCCCCAGCUGGUCUUGGGUGAUGGAGGAGAAUUCCCCUGCCAGGCCCAAUACUUGUGGAGCUCCUACCACGUUUGCGCGAACCUAGCUGUGCAGGAUGAGUAUACGUGGGACACCUGCAUUCUGAGGUGA